AUGCGCCCAGGUGGGCUCGGCGUCCUCACAGCCUCUGCAGCACGUGCCUUCAGAAGGAAGAGAUCUGGGGCGGGAGACUCAAGGCAUCUCAGAUGGAACCGAAAGCCCCAGCGGCUGCUUGCAAGGUUCUCUACCCAUCACCCCCCAACCUGGGUGGGCUGGGACCACAUCGGCACCUGGCCUGACUCUACCAGAAUGCCCUCCAAGACCAACACUGCUACCCGAGUCCCCUCACCAGGGACACUGCAGUGCCCCACAUGGGUGCUGCACCCAAUGUUGGAGACAGAUGCUCCAAAAAUGAAAGUGACGUGA